AUGGCGGACCGCAGUCUGGAGGGCAUGGCGCUGCCACUGGAGGUGCGGGCGCGGCUGGCGGAACUGGAGCUGGAGCUGUCGGAAGGUGACAUCACACAGAAAGGAUAUGAAAAGAAGAGGUCGAAAUUAAUUGGAGCCUACUUGCCCCAGCCUCCAACAGCGAAUGGAGCUGCCGUGGCCCGGUGUAGACUGCCGCACAGUGAAGGUGCCCCGAGGAGACCGCCACACUGCAGCCACAUCGCGGUGUGUGACAUCCGAGAAGCCACCGGCAGGGAGCGUGUGGCCAGCACCGUGGGAAACCGGCCUCUGUUUUACUUUCGUUUCGGGGUGGACCAAGCGUUGCCACCAGAGCGCCGGGCGCCCGUUACUCCGUCCUCUGCCUCUCGCUACCACCGCCGGAGAUCCUCAGGGUCACGAGAUGAGCGCUACCGGUCAGACGUCCACACAGAAGCUGUGCAGGCAGCGCUUGCAAAACACAAAGAAAGGAAGAUGGCAGUGCCUAUGCCUUCCAAACGCAGGUCCUUGGUGGUGCAAACCUCGAUGGACGCCUACACGCCUCCAGAUACCUCCUCUGGCUCGGACGACGAGGGCUCGGUGCAGGGGGACUCGCAGGGGACGCCCACCUCCAGCCAGGGCAGCAUCAACAUGGAGCACUGGAUCAGCCAGGCCAUCCACGGCUCCACCACGUCCACCACGUCGUCCUCGUCCACCCAGAGUGGGGGCAGCGGCACCGCCCACCGGCUGGCGGACGUCAUGGCCCAGACGCACAUAGAAAACCACUCUGCACCUCCUGAUGUGACCACGUACACCUCAGAGCACGCGAUACAGGCAGAGAGGCCCCAAGGCUCAGCCACGUCGCGGAACGCACCCAAGUAUGGCAACGCCGAGCUCAUGGAGACUGGCGAUGGAGUGCCGGUCAGUAGCCGGGUAUCAGCGAAAAUUCAGCAGCUUGUCAACACCCUCAAACGACCUAAACGACCACCCUUACGGGAAUUCUUUGUUGACGACUUUGAAGAAUUGUUAGAAGUUCAACAACCAGAUCCAAACCAGCCAAAGCCAGAGGGAGCGCAGAUGUUGGCCAUGCGUGGGGAACAGCUCGGUGUGGUUACGAAUUGGCCCCCGUCUUUAGAAGCCGCGUUACAGCGAUGGGGAACCAUCUCGCCAAAGGCCCCGUGCUUGACCACGAUGGACACGAAUGGGAAGCCCCUGUACAUCCUCACUUACGGCAAACUGUGGACAAGAAGCAUGAAGGUGGCUUACAACAUCCUGCAUAAAUUAGGUACGAAGCAAGAGCCGAUGGUGCGGCCUGGAGACAGGGUGGCACUGGUGUUCCCCAACAAUGACCCUGCUGCGUCCAUGGUGGCCUUCUACGGUUGCCUGUUGGCCGAGGUCGUCCCCGUGCCCAUCGAGGUUCCACUCACGAGAAAGGAUGCAGGAAGCCAGCAGAUCGGGUUUCUGCUUGGCAGCUGUGGAGUCACUGUCGCCUUGACAAGCGACGCCUGCCACAAAGGACUGCCCAAAAGCCCGACAGGGGAGAUCCCGCAAUUCAAAGGUUGGCCAAAGCUAUUGUGGUUUGUCACAGAAUCCAAACAUCUCUCUAAACCUCCUCGUGACUGGUUCCCACACAUUAAAGAUGCGAAUAACGACACUGCAUAUAUCGAAUAUAAGACGUGCAAGGAUGGAAGUGUCCUCGGGGUGACGGUGACAAGGAUCGCGCUGCUGACCCACUGCCAGGCCCUCACGCAGGCUUGUGGCUACACAGAAGCCGAAACAAUUGUGAACGUGCUGGAUUUUAAGAAAGACGUUGGGCUCUGGCACGGGAUCCUAACAAGUGUUAUGAACAUGAUGCACGUGAUCAGCAUCCCGUACUCGCUGAUGAAGGUGAACCCACUGUCCUGGAUUCAGAAGGUCUGCCAGUACAAAGCAAAAGUGGCCUGUGUCAAGUCCAGGGACAUGCACUGGGCGUUGGUGGCACACAGGGAUCAACGAGACAUCAACCUGUCCUCUCUGCGGAUGCUGAUCGUGGCCGACGGUGCAAACCCUUGGUCUAUCUCUUCCUGCGAUGCGUUUCUCAAUGUGUUCCAAAGUAAAGGGCUGCGCCAAGAGGUCAUCUGUCCCUGUGCCAGCUCGCCAGAGGCGCUGACAGUGGCCAUCCGAAGGCCUACGGAUGACAGCAACCAGCCCCCGGGCCGCGGCGUCCUGUCCAUGCACGGGCUCACCUAUGGGGUCAUCCGUGUGGACUCGGAGGAAAAGCUAUCAGUGCUGACCGUGCAGGACGUCGGCCUCGUGAUGCCUGGAGCCAUCACGUGCUCCGUGAAACCGGACGGGGUCCCACAGCUGUGCAGAACGGACGAGAUCGGGGAGCUGUGCGUGUGUGCGGUGGCCACGGGGACGUCCUACUACGGUCUGUCGGGCAUGACCAAGAACACCUUCGAGGUGUUCCCCGUGACGAGCUCGGGCGCCCCAGUCAGCGAGUACCCCUUCGUGAGGACAGGCCUGCUGGGCUUCGUCGGCCCCGGGGGGCUCGUCUUCGUGGUGGGCAAGAUGGACGGGCUCAUGGUGGUGAGCGGGCGGCGGCACAACGCGGAUGACAUCGUAGCCACCGCCCUGGCGGUGGAGCCCAUGAAGUUCGUCUACCGGGGGAGAAUAGCCGUGUUCUCGGUCACCGUCCUGCAUGACGAGAGGAUCGUGAUUGUGGCUGAGCAGCGACCAGACUCCACGGAGGAGGACAGCUUCCAGUGGAUGAGCCGCGUCCUCCAGGCUAUCGACAGCAUUCACCAGGUCGGGGUGUAUUGCUUGGCCUUGGUCCCAGCCAACACCCUCCCCAAGACCCCGCUCGGUGGCAUCCAUCUGUCAGAAACGAAGCAGCUUUUCCUGGAGGGCUCGCUUCACCCCUGCAAUGUCCUGAUGUGCCCCCACACCUGUGUCACAAACCUGCCUAAACCUCGACAAAAGCAGCCAGAGAUCGGCCCCGCCUCUGUGAUGGUGGGAAACCUAGUCUCUGGGAAGAGGAUCGCGCAGGCCAGUGGCAGAGACCUGGGGCAGAUAGAAGACAAUGACCAGGCCCGGAAGUUCCUGUUCUUGUCUGAGGUCCUGCAGUGGAGGGCGCAGACCACCCCCGACCAUGUGCUCUACACUUUGCUCAACUGCCGGGGGACAAUAGCGAACUCACUGACAUGUGUCCAGCUGCACAAACGAGCGGAGAAGAUAGCCGUCAUGCUGAUGGAGAGGGGGCGCCUGCAAGAUGGGGACCAUGUUGCUCUCGUCUACCCUCCAGGAAUAGAUCUGAUCACAGCGUUUUACGGCUGCCUGUAUGCGGGCUGUGUGCCCAUCACCGUGCGCCCCCCACACCCCCAGAACAUUGCCACCACGCUGCCCACCGUGAAGAUGAUCGUGGAGGUGAGCCGUUCUGCCUGCUUGAUGACAACACAACUCAUCUGUAAGUUGUUAAGGUCCAGGGAGGCAGCUGCCGCGGUGGACGUCAGGGCGUGGCCCCCCAUUCUGGAUACAGAUGAUUUGCCAAAGAAGCGGCCGGCCCAGAUCUACAAGCCGUCCAACCCCGACACGCUGGCCUACCUGGACUUCAGCGUGUCCACAACGGGGAUGCUAGCGGGAGUGAAGAUGUGUCACUCAGCCACCAGUGCCUUCUGCCGAUCCAUUAAGCUGCAGUGCGAGCUCUACCCCUCCAGAGAAGUGGCCAUCUGCUUGGACCCCUACUGCGGACUCGGCUUUGUCCUGUGGUGCCUCUGCAGUGUGUACUCCGGGCACCAAUCCAUCCUCAUCCCACCAUCGGAGCUGGAAACCAACCCUGCCUUGUGGCUGCUUGCCGUCAGUCAGUACAAAGUCCGCGAUACGUUCUGUUCCUACUCGGUGAUGGAGCUCUGUACCAAGGGGCUGGGUUCACAGACAGAGUCCCUCAAGGCACGAGGACUGGACUUGUCCCGCGUGCGGACGUGUGUGGUGGUCGCUGAGGAGCGGCCUCGAAUAGCACUUACCCAGUCCUUCUCGAAGCUGUUCAAGGACCUGGGCCUCCACCCGCGGGCCGUCAGCACCUCGUUCGGCUGCCGCGUGAACCUGGCGAUUUGCUUACAGGGGACCUCGGGACCUGACCCAACUACCGUCUAUGUUGACAUGAGAGCCCUGAGACACGACAGGGUCCGCUUAGUAGAGAGAGGGUCGCCUCACAGCUUGCCACUGAUGGAAUCCGGAAAAAUCCUGCCAGGGGUUCGGAUCAUAAUAGCCAAUCCAGAAACAAAAGGGCCGCUGGGAGACUCACACCUGGGUGAGAUAUGGGUCCACAGUGCCCACAACGCCAGCGGCUACUUCACCAUCUAUGGGGAUGAGUCCUUGCAGUCAGACCACUUCAGCUCGAGGCUGAGCUUCGGGGACACCCAGACCGUGUGGGCACGGACAGGCUACUUGGGCUUCCUGAGGAGAACGGAGCUCACAGAUGCCAACGGAGAGCGCCAUGAUGCCCUGUACGUGGUGGGGGCCCUGGACGAGGCCAUGGAGCUGCGCGGGAUGAGGUACCACCCCAUUGACAUCGAGACCUCCGUCAUCAGAGCCCACAAAAGUGUCACCGAAUGCGCCGUGUUCACCUGGACAAACUUGCUGGUGGUGGUGGUGGAGCUGGACGGGUCAGAGCAGGAGGCGCUGGACCUGGUCCCCCUGGUCACCAACGUGGUGCUGGAGGAGCACUACCUGGUCGUGGGUGUGGUGGUGGUGGUGGACGUGGGCGUGAUCCCCAUCAACUCCCGGGGUGAGAAGCAGCGCAUGCACCUGCGGGACGGCUUCCUGGCCGACCAGCUCGACCCCAUCUACGUGGCCUACAACAUGUAGCCCGGGGCUGGCCCUUGACGCCAGCGCUUUCCUCGUUAUCACUGAAGUGUGGAUGCCAGGGCAACGUCCGUCCGUGGGACAGAGCCUGUGUCACGGGCGGAGCGCAGGGGACUUCCCACAGCGAUCCUGGUUGGCACGAUGCAGCAAACGUGAACCGCCACCGAGCUUCGCUCAGGGGACCUCGAGUCACUGCCUUCAGUUUGGUGGAAAAGCCCAUUUUGAAACUUUUUUUCUUUCUUUUUCUUUUUUUAUUAAUUAUUGGAUAAGUGCUUUCUUCGUAAAUGUGGUAUUUUGUUAAGCCAAAAUAGCAAUUAAAAAAUAUUCUGCCCUCCAGGUGGGUUCCUUUAAACAAUUUAUGUAGUGUGACAAAGAAUUGUUUUCUCUGUUUUAAUGUGUCCUGAAACCUUAACAACGACAUGGACCUGUUCCUAAUCUAAGCCAUGGCUCAGUCUCACCCUUCUAGGAAAGUCUGUUGAGGUACGAAACCUUCCACAUAGCACCUUGCAGUUAGAUCUUAGCAGCUUCUGUCAGAACCGUGUGAAGAAACAGAGGCUCGCACGUGGCCUCUGACGUUAGCAUAGAAGGAGAAGAAAUUAUAAAUAAGGUGUAUUUCGGCAAUUACCUUGCAGAUAUCUUUGUACUAAAAAAGAUGAAAUAAGUUAACUUCUUCGUAUGUAAUUAUGUACAAAACGUUUAAUUUAUUUUGAUCUCUCUAGAAGUAUAAAAGAGAAGAACAUUCAAGAGUAUUAAAAUCUUGCAAUGUUUGCUAAUAUAAAAAGUGUUGUAUCAUCUUGCGUGGAUAGUAUCACAACAAGUAUAUAUAUAUGAAAUGUAAAUUCACUAAUGAACAAAGGAGAUUUAAAGUCUAACGCGCAGACCUGUCACUUGCAUGGCGUCCCUCACUGUACUGUAGAUAAGAGACUCUCACGCCCACUCUGCUGAUGGUAGCGACCAGACGGCCAGGAGCCCAGUGUGAGCGUUUCUUCCAGAACCGGAGACCAGCCAGCGACAUUCUUGUACAUCAUCUCGAAGGCGGUGGGGGGUCUGAGGUGGACAUGCACACCCCCCUCAUGCGGGGGUGACACGACGACGGCGUGAGCCCCUCGGGGAGGCCAGCGGCCCACACACUGCUCCCUUAGCUGCACAGUGUUUUUCAUCCUUUUGGUUAGUGUCACCCUUUUUGGUCCUCGGUAUGAAAAGGAAUGAUACUCUGCAGCCACCUGAACCGGUUGCGUUGAGUCCCCUCAGCUGGCCACUGUGUGGAGUGGACAGUGUCCAGGACAGCUUUAAGGGAAGAGACUCACAGGCGACGGUCACCUGGGCCAGAUCACGGGGACCCCCACAGCCACUGGUGGGAGCAAGAAAGCCUCACAGCUGCCUUCAUUAGCGACCUGCGGAUGACACAUUCCUGACGCCCGUCUGUCACGGCCACCGUAGCCUCACGAGGCCCAUUUCCAGAGCUCAUCUGCACAGUCCUUGCCUGAGCCGGUGUCUGUCCCGCCAGGAGCAGGUGCCAGCCCUGCAAGCGUCAUCUGUUUUGUGACUGCCCCCGUGUGAGCCUGCAGGGGCCCCAUGUGCAUGACCAAGAUGGCCGUUGAGCAGAGAACCAGGCUGUCUCACUGCAUUGCCUUUGCUGACACGCCGGCACCAAGCCCUUUGCUGAAAGAGUUUUGUUUGACUUCUGAGAUCCAAGGCUAAUUGUUUUCUCAAAAAUUUAAGUGGUGUAUUUUUUUAAUUUGUCUGCAUGUGGGGUGCACCCUUCCAUUUUCACAAAUCAUUGGGCUUUUACAAUAUUGUUUGACUUCAUCGCGGCAGGUGACCAUUUCCCCUACUUGCCUCAGAUACACAUGCCUGUACUUGCCGGCUCGGCAAACCCACCACACACAGAAGAGACACGUUCUUACAUACCUGCCGGGUGUGGGGGCUCCAAGGUUUCAGGUGAGGCUCCGAAUAGGACACAUGAUUGCAGGGUCGGAAGCAGCAAGUCAGGUGUCACUCCAAACCGUGUCACAUCCCCCCCGUGUCAGCCCCCCAGGCCAGACGGGGCGGUGUCAGUGACGUCCUGUCACCUCUGCUGUUGGAGUUGACGUUCAAAGGGUGGGGGCCUGGGGUUGAAGCUCUGUCACGCAAGAAAGAGGCAAGGAGACAUUUUCCACCGUUUAAGCAAUAAAGAAGGAUCGUUCUGUAGAUAACUCGUUCACGGGAAUGUCACCAAUGUUUGCUUGUGACCGUGUGUGCUUUUGAAGUCAGACAGAUGCGUGUGAUCAGCUCGCACAAAGGAGGGCACACACGAACAUUGAAACACAGAUCUGACCCAACAGGGCGGCUUCCUCAUGGUGCUUGUUUAUUAUAGAUAUCUAACCCUGCUUGACACUUUACCCCGGAGACCGUCCCUUUUAUCAGUUGAAUGUUAGCAGCGUUAUUUCAUAGUGUGGUGACUGGUUAGGGAAGUUCAUAUACUGAACCAGUCACGGUUUCACACAGAGUUUUUAUGUGCAAAGGACGGCAACCUUCUCGUAUGUUGAACCACCAGUAAGCUUUGUACAUCUGUGAUAACGCCUGUUUUAUAUUCAAAUGAACAAAUAAAAGCUUUUAUUUUUGUUGCUCUGAAAAUAGCAGUUUCUUCAUUGGUCCCCUGGCACACUGUGUGGGACAGCUUCAGUCCAUAGGCGGGUGACUCCUACAGUGGCAUGGGACA